AUGAACGAGAGGGUCGUGGAGUGGGCGGAUGAAGGACGGUAUCUGAUCCGCCAGGCAGAGACGCUGCGGAGUGACGCUGAGCUUCCGGCCAGUUCGCAAAAAGCCAAGGGCUUGUCAAAAUACCGGCUUAGCGAUGAUUCUGACUCCUCGUCUGGGCUCAAGCUGAAGCGUGUGCCUGGGCAAGACGCCCAGAAGGCUAGGCGGCUGGACUCGAGACUCCGAGACCCUCUCUUGAGCGCCAGGGAGAUGUCGCUCACCAUCAAGACCAACUUGGGGCCGCUCAAGGUGGAGCUGUUUUGCGCCCAAGCUCCGAAGUCGUGCAAGAAUUUCCUGGCGCUAGCUGCCUCUGGCUACUAUGACAACACGAACUUCCACAGAAAUAUCAAGGGCUUCAUGAUCCAGGGUGGAGAUCCGACCGGCACUGGCAAAGGUGGUCAGAGCAUUUACGGCGGCUAUUUCGAGGACGAGUUUGUGUCCACAUUGAAGCAUGAGAGAAGAGGCUGCUUGUCUAUGGUGAACACCGGCCCGAACACCAACGGCAGCCAGUUCUUUGUGACGUACUCGCGCCAGCCUCACCUUAACGGUGUCUACACCACCUUCGGAAGGCUGAUUGAUGGCCUGGACACCCUUGACAAGAUGGAGAAGGAACCCAUCAAUGCCAAGAACAGACCGAUGCGGCCGAUCAAGAUUGAGAGCAUCGUGAUACACGCGAAUCCUAUUGCUGACGAAGAAGCCCAGCAGUGA